AUGAAGCAAUGCAGAACAAUGAACGGUGAUCCAAAAUUCAUUGGUGGUUUGGUACCAGGUACAAACGUUUUCCUAGCCAACUGGAAGACCGUGCCUAUUGAGAACAUCAAAGUUGGCGAUGAAGUUCUAACCUCUAAUGGAGGUGCGGCAAAAGUCGAGGCUGUGUUAAAAGGUGACCAUGAUUUGGUCACAGUUCAACAAAAGACCAACCACCGCGCGCACUUGUAUGAUCCCUCGAUGCGGGAACCUUAUGGCAUAAUGGAAAUCACAUGCUCCAAGAGACAACAACUGGUCUUGAAGACAAAGCAGAGGAUCAUGAUAACCAGGGAUAAUAGGAGUGAAGGUUUCAGGCGGGUUUACGUGUCUCAGCUGGCUGAUCAUCAAACGACGGAUGGUCGAAUGAUCAAGAUCAUCAAGGAAACAUCGAGACGAUUCCCUCCGACAACCAAGAAGUCGGAGAUCAUUGACUCCGUAAAGCCAAUGGUCUUGCAGAGCGAGGGAAGAUGGAUCCGCUGGCAAUGUGAGGCUGGCGACUUGGUGGAAUACGUUAACAAGGAACGUCGGGCUGCUACCAGGAUGCUCUUACAACCUAUCUCGAUAGAGAUACCUGUAUUGGGGCCAUGGUUGCAACAAUGUUUCGAAAGAGAAAUUACUGCACAGCAGCUUGAAGCCAUGGCAUGGUUGUUAGGGUUCUGGAUAGGUGACGGUGCCAGAAGAGGAGCACUUUUCGCUUUGAACAUUGUAGAUGAAGACGUCAACAACAGACUUGAGGAGAAUGCAAAAGUCUGGGGUAUGACUCUCAGAACCGAGGAUGGGAACCUCGAGCGUGGGAACGGCCUUGAAGCAAGUGGAUACCUUCACACCUAUAAUGGCGCGCAACGUCUUUGGAACGUAAACAACCCGCUUGUGAAGGUUCUGGAAGGUUUAGAAUUCCGAUUAGAAUUCUACGAGAAUGGCAAAAGAAAUUAUCGGAAGAGCGUUCCACUAUUCAUGCGAACAGAGCAAAUAGUGGUGCGUGAAGCCUUUCUCGCAGGAUUGAUUGAUUCGGACGGGCAUUGCCGUAUCCAAGACGGAUGUAUUCGUGUGCAAAUUAAGACUGUCUAUCCGCCUAUUAGAGAUGGCAUAUACUUCAUAGCUCGUUCUCUUGGUUUGACUGUCUCCACCAGUUUCCGUGGCGCUCACUUUGAUGAGCGCAGUGGAUUAAACGAGAGUGAUAAGUGGGAGUUCCAGUUAUAUGGUGGGACAAAUCAUGAAACACUCAGGUCGAUACUGAACAGAUGCUCUUGUGAAAGGAAGCGAAAUCCGAAAAUCCAGUACCGCAGGGACAGAGAUUUCGAAGAAUUUGAUUCCGAUUACCAAUCGGAAGAAAAUGAAAAUGAUCCUGAGGACAAUGACGAUUUAUCAGGUAUAAGGGAAAGCUUUGAAGAUGAUCUUGAAGAUGAUCCGGAAGAACAACAAGAUGGCACAUUCAAUUUUGGCAAGUUCAGAUUUGAAAUUACCGAAGGUUGUAAAGAUACUGUCAUAGGACUGGUACUGUCAGGUACCUCUAACCGAACUUUUGUCACGGAUGAUCAGAUUGUAUGUGCAAGUGCAGAAUUGAUUUCGGAAUCAAGAACCGAUUUCGAAAGGAGUUGCCUAUCAUGCCAUACAAAAACAGCAUCACGGUGGUACAAGGUUCCCUGGUUGGGGGAUGUUCUAGACAGGUUAUGCUGGGCCUGUUGGGUUGCUUAUUCGCGCACUCACAUGCAUUGUUGUAGUAACGAUCAUUGCAACAGGGUUUUCAGGAAAAGGGAAGUUGCUACUCGCCGGUGUAAGCGAUGUAGGAGUAGUCCGCUGCAGGGAUGA